AUGAAAUCGGUGCUGCUGGCAGACCCCUGGCUCAAUGACAACAAGGACAUCCUGACGAUGAAAGAUGACUUAGUCUGGAAAGCAUCCAAACUGUAUGUUCCCAUGAACUUGAGGCUGGAAGUACUACAACGAAGCCACAGCAUGAAGUAUUCCAGAGGUGAUAUUCAGCAGCUCCGGAUGUCAGAGCACAGCAGCACCACAGAUGGGGAUGUGGACCCCCAACAUGGCUUAUAUAUGCUGGUCCUGCUGGUCUUGGUCUUCUUUGUCAUGGGUCUUGUGGGCUUUUUCAUUUGCCAUGUCCUAAAGAAAAAGGGAUACCGCUGUCGGACGUUCAGUGAUGAAUUUGACUCUGACAACAAGGAAUCUCUGACACAACUCCAAGAUGAUGAUGAUGAUGAGGAUCUGAAUGAGGAUACUGUAGAAAAAAUAGUGAAAUGUAUCAUUCAAAAUGAAGCAAAUGUUGAAGUUCUGAAAGAAAUGCUGGGUGAAAGUGAUGCUGAUGUCCCACUGCCAGUUGCUCUAUGUCCACAUCGCAGGAGCCAAGAUGGUGGCAUUCCUCAUCACCACACAGUGCACUUAGUUUCAACACAAGCACCUUGCAUUCAUUGCAGCAAGAAAAAGAGACCUCCCAUACAUCGUCAGGGCCGGUCAAAAGAGAGCAAAAGCAAGAUGCACCCUGGGGAAACAACAGUUUUUUCAGUUGGCAGGUAG